AAAACCGCGGGGCUGCCGGCGGCCCUGCGAGCCUCCUACCCCGGAACGAGAAUUUUUGGAUGCCUUCUGGUUUGAAGACUCCAGCUGCUCUGAUGAUAGCUUAAGAAGACUGCAUGCUGUUCCCUCUCGAUGCCAAGCCAGGCCUGCACAGAACCUCGGAUCUCAGUCCUUCAUGGAGACCAGGUCCCAGCAGGAAUGACAGUGGAAGAAAUUGGCAACCAGAUGGUUCCUCCGCGUGAAGCUGUCUUGGGCUGUGGGCCGGCUCGAGAACACCUGGUCACCAGGCUAGCCCUCUGUCAGUCACCCAGGGUCAGGCAGCAUGGUGUGGAUUCAGAGGAGGAAGCUUUUGGCAUCUUGCCUAUGCAUCAUGGCCACCGUCUUUCUGCUUGUCACACUCCAGGUCGUGGUCGAGCUGGGAAAAUUUGAAAGGAAGAAGUUUAAAAUUUCCAGUUUGCAAAAUGGACAGGCAAAAGUGGAAGAGGAGCCUGCAGGUCUCUAUCCGUUCCCCGGGAGAGAAGCAUGGAUCUUGACUAGGAAACCCCAACGGGACACUGAGAGCUACCCCAUCAUGCUUUGGUGGUCCCCACUGACCGGGGAGACCGGAAGGCUCGGCCAGUGCGGGGCAGAUGCGUGUUUCUUCACCAUCAACAGGACCUUCCUACAUCAUCCCAUGACCAAAGCCUUCCUCUUCUAUGGCACUGACUUUAAUAUAAAUAGCUUACCUCUGCCUCGGAAAGCCCAUCAUGACUGGGCCCUUUUUCACGAAGAGUCUCCGAAAAACAAUUACAAGCUCUUCCACGAGCCAGUCAUCACCUUGUUCAACUACACUGCCACGUUCAGCCGGCAUUCCCACUUGCCCCUGACCACCCAGUACUUGGAGGGCGUAGAAGUCCUGAAGUCACUCCGAUACCUGGUCCCCUUGAGGUCCAAAAACAACCUUCGAAGCAGACUUGCUCCGCUAGUGUACGUCCAGUCAGACUGUGACCCACCGUCAGACAGGGACAGCUAUGUCCGAGAGCUGAUGACUUACAUCGAGGUCGAUUCCUACGGGGAGUGUUUACGAAACAAAGAUCUCCCUCAGCAGCUGAAAAACCCAGCCUCUAUGGAUGCCGAUGGCUUUUACAGGAUCAUUGCACAGUACAAGUUUAUCCUUGCUUUCGAGAACGCGGUGUGUGACGACUACAUCACUGAGAAGUUCUGGAGACCCCUGAAGCUAGGGGUAGUCCCUGUGUACUACGGGUCCCCCAGCAUUGCAGACUGGCUCCCGAGUAAUAGAAGUGCUAUUCUCGUAUCGGAAUUUGCUCACCCUAGAGAGCUGGCAAGUUACAUCAGACACCUGGACCACGACGACCGCCUGUACGAGGCCUACAUAGAGUGGAAGCUGAAGGGUGAGGUCUCCAAUCAGCGACUUCUCGCAGCGCUCAGGGAACGGAAAUGGGGUGUGCAAGAUGUCCGCCAGGACAACUACAUCGAUGCCUUCGAGUGUAUGGUGUGCAGCAAGGUGUGGGAUAACAUCCGGCUUCGGGAAAAGGGUUUACCACCCAAAAGAUGGCAGGCCGAUGUGAUGCACCUGAGUUGCCCGGAGCCUGCGGUGUUUGCUUUCUCACCUCUGGCUCCUCGCUGGAGCUCUUUGCGGGAGAUGUGGAUACCAAGCUUUGAGCAAUCCAAGAAGGAAGCCCAGGCACUAAGGUGGCUGGUUGAUAGGAAUAAAAAUUUUUCAGCUCAAGAGUUUUGGGCCCUGGUUUUCAAGGACUAAUUUCUAGAAGGAUCAGAAUGAUACAGACUAGUGCUCUCCUGAGGUUCAUUUUCUAGGUUGCCUUAAUACAUGAGUAUCAUAGCUACUUGGUUGACUAUCCUUUAGGAUAAGGAGUACUUGCUGCAGUACUCAUAAUGAGCCCUCUCAGAUAAUGGAUGUGAAUUACCCUUAGGGGUCACCUCUGUAUUUUUUAUACUAAAAAAAUAAAUAUUUCUUAUGGUCACCUUCCACUGACAUGUCUGGACCGAUGUACCUGCUGCCUUUUGUGGACAUUCAGCUAAUGUGGAGUGAAUGUUUCCCUCCCUGCAUGGGAGGCAGAGGGUGGAGCUGUGGAUUCUUGAUACUCACCUCACUGUCUGCAGUUUAUUAGUGUCUGGCAAGCCCAGGGUCCUGAUGCUGAAGCAUGAACAUGAAAUGCAUUAGAACUUGGCAAUGAGAGAUUCCAUCUGUUGGUUUCCAGGGAUGUAAGUGAGUAAUAAAAGCUGUGUGCAUUUUAUCCGCUUUUUCUCUUCAAGUCAGAAGAACGUAUGCCUGUCUGCCUUCUCCUUACUCUUACUACCUCUUUCUUUCCGUCUUGCCCUGCCCCCGCCCCCACUCC